CUCCUUCGUAAAUAAAUAAGGAAAAAAUAGUACAAACUCAACAUGCAGAAAUACACUGUGAAGAAAUUUCAGCGAGGUUCGACAUUGAAACUAAUAUUUUCUGUAGUAAGACCGAAAUCUGAUUACGCUGAUAUUGUCACAGAAAAGAUUAACCUUGAUGAUUUGGCCGAAGUGAUUGUGAUAUUCAAGAAUUCCAAUAAUUCCAAUACUUCCAAUCCUAGUACAGAUCUUCAUAUUAGUAUGAAGAUUAAGAAAAAGGAGCGAGCCAGAAACUUCAUACUUCCCAUUAAAAUUGUUUGCGAUGAAUUUCAAGAACAAUUGUUUUGUUCUGACAUUUGGGUGGAAAACCGGAUUAAAGUAAAAUCACAUGAUGUUAGUUUUGCAUUAAAUGGGUUUUCAUCCAGCGGAUAUAAUAAACAAGAGACUGUGUUGCUGUAUUGUUUUGAAAUAAAUUUUACUAUUCAAGCCAAACCCGCGACGAUGCCUAUAGGGUCAAUUUUGACUAAUGAACUCUACUUGGACGAGGAGUUUACAGACUUCGAACUGCAAGGGACAGAUGGCGCUGUGGCUGUUCACAGAUCAAUUCUGCUCGCUCACAGUGACAUGGCUAAGACUAUGCUGCGCAGAGUAGAAUGGAAGGAAAGCAAAAAUGGCUGCAUGCAAAUAGAUGGAGCUACUAAAAACACCUUGGAUCACCUGAAGGCCUACAUGUACUUAGGGAUUCUACCUGAAGAGAGCCUUGAGCCGUUAUUGUUGAUUGCUCAAUGUUAUCUUUUAGAUAAAUUGAAAACCGAUUGUAUCUCUAAACUUGUAAGUACAGUGAAACCGCAAGAUAUUGCUGGUGUCGUCAAAUUUGCUUGCGAGAAUAAUAUGCCUGAUCUGAUGACAGCCAUAUUGUUUGAAACGCCAGACAAUAUUGUUACAAGUGCAUAUCGGGUAGAGAUUGAAAGUAGAAUACUAAAUAAUAACUGAUUGAU